CCCAUCGCAACUUGGUAACCAUUAGAUUAGAUAAAAAAAUCAUUAUCAUCUUCAUCAUCUUCAUCGUCAGAUUGAUACAUAACCCGAUCCACUUCUAAGAUUCUACUUUCAAAGUCAUACCUUGUAUCUGCUCUUGUUUACCUUCAAAGCGUCUACUUCUUCAGUUAUUAAACCAACAUAUUCAUCACCACCCUCAUCAUGGCACCCACUGCUACUCAUUUUAAAGCAGGAUAUACAGAGCCCCCAAGAAAGAACGAGAAAAAUGUAUUGAAGCCCAUCAAAUCUACUGAAAUGUCCGGGAUUGAAGAGCACUCUCACCUUUGCGUGAAAGUCCUCGAGGAGCUAGAAAGUUUGCUUAGCUCUCAGUCGGAUUCGAAAAAAUUGACCUUGGAUGGCUAUAGCCUGUCGCCGACAGAAGUUGUCGCGAAUGCUCGGUUUGCUGUCGAGCCAAAGAUCAGCUCAGACCAAGCAUUGAUCGACCGGAUAGCAGAAUCUGUGGCCUUUCUAGACUCCAAAUUGGACACUGCCAUCUAUGGUGUCACCACUGGAUUUGGUGGGUCGGCCGAUACGAGGACCAACUGCCCUGAAGACCUUCAAAUAUCAUUCUUAGAACACCAGCUCUCAGGUGUUUUACCGCUUGCAAAGCAAUCUUCCAAUACGUUUUAUCUCACCGACCCUAUGACUAAUAUCAUACCUGAGCCAAUCACCCGGGGUGCGAUCCUGAUCAGAAUCAACUCACUUGUCCGAGGUCACUCGGCUGUUCGAUUGGAGGUCUUGGAGACACUCCUCGCACUUCUCAAUAAGAAGUUGACCCCCAUGGUACCUCUUCGCGGUACAAUCUCGGCCUCUGGAGAUCUGAUGCCGUUGAGUUAUGUGGCAGCAGCCAUUUGCGGUCAUCCCGAAAUUAGAAUUCUCGAUCGGUCCUCCCCAGACGGUACUCUUGAAAUUCUUUCAGCAUCAGCUGCAUUAGCUAAGCACAAUAUCAAACCGAUCACCCUUGGACCAAAGGAAGGACUUGGAAUCAGCAACGGAACUGCUUUUAGUGCAAGUGCAGCUUGUUUGGCUGCUCAUGAUGCUCAUUUCUUGGGUUUGAUGAGUCAAGUUUUGACAGCUUUGACGGUCGAAGCUAUGGUAGGCCAAGCGGGUAAUUACCAUAAGUUCAUUCACGAGGUUUGCCGUCCACAUCCUGGUCAAGUCGAGACUGCAAAGAAUAUCAUGAAUCUACUCGCGGGAAGUAGUCUGGCUGUCCACAAGGAAGAAGAAAAGGACUUGCGUGAAGAUAUGGAUCAAAAUGUUCUGCGGCAAGAUCGAUACCCUUUGCGUACAGCUCCUCAGUGGUUGGGGCCUCAAAUCGAGGACUUGAUGAGUGUUAACAAAGCCUUGAGCUGUGAAAUCAACGCGACGACCGAUAAUCCGUUGAUCGACCUCGAGAACAAAUACAUUCACAACGGAGGAAACUUUCAAGCCAUGGCAGUCACAAAUGCAAUGGAGAAAACUAGAUUAGCAUUACAUCACUUGGGGAAACUUAGCUUUGCUCAGGCUACGGAAAUGAUCAAUUGUGCCAUGAACAAAGGACUUCCAUCUUGUUUGGCUGGAGACGAACCUUCGACAAAUUACCACGUCAAAGGUAUCGAUAUUAACAUGGCAGCUUAUACAGCUGAAUUGGGCUUCCUAGCUUCUCCUGUGUCAACUCAUGUUCAAAGUGCGGAACAACACAAUCAGGCCGUCAACUCCAUGGCCUUUGUUUCGGCCAGGUACACAAUCCAAUCAGUAGAGACCUUAUCGAUGCUGAUGAGUGGUCAUCUUUACGUAGCUUGUAUGGCUAUCGACUUGAGAGUAAUAGAUCUACUCUUCCGUCAGCGUCUCGCCAAUCGGAUGCCAGAAAUGAUCAUCACGCACUUUUCGACAUCAAAAGAGGUGGAACGUGAAGCUGGUUGGGAAAUCAAACUUUCUAGAACGAUCCUACCCAUCGUCUACCGUCGCCUAGAACAAACCGCCUCAAUGGAUUCUUACCCUCGUUUCCUUGAUGCAUUCUCGCUAACACUUCAACCUAUUCUUGAGGCUAUCGGCAAUACUUUGAAGAUGGAUUCAGUCACUUCUUGGAGAGAAUAUAGUGCGACUGAAGCUCAAAAGAUUUAUUUGGAAACUCGAGAUCAAUUCUUUUCAGAUAUUGUUGAAUCUUAUGGAAGUACUGACAAAAAAGGAAGAUCAGGACCAUCAGAGACUCUGAUUGGAACGAAGAAUCGUGGGAUCUAUAGAUUUGUUCGUUCUGAAUUAGGCAUCCUACCCAGACGCGGGGAUGUCAAAUUAGGUCACCAUCAGGGAUCGGUUUCAUCAGACCUUUCCAAGAUUUAUGAAUCGAUGAGAUCUGGUGAACUCUACAAAGUUCUCAAAGAUAUGUUUUGAAUCUAGAAGAAAGACGCAAUGCUUGAUAUUUUUUGGACUUUUCCUCGCAUAUCUUUACUCUGUUACUUAGGCUUGAAAUUCUUGCUUUACUUUUUGUAUUUUUUUACAAUCUUUCUUUUGAAAUCAUCUUAAGUUUUGUACUGCGUACUAGGUUAAAAGAAAAUCAUUUCACAGAAGCCAAUCUCAAUAAAAAUAUACCGGUUUGGU